GGUGAUGGGGCGGGGGGAGCCCCCAGCCAGGCUUCCUGAGCUGCACAGCCACCACUUCCCAGAUAAAGGUAUCGCCUGGAGGAGCCGCAGCAGCUCCCGGGACACUGGGAAGGGACAAGUGCGGCACGUGUGGCUCCGGCACACAGGUUGCAGGAUGGCAGCCUGCCUGUGCCAGGGCUGGCAGCUCUCACUGCUCCCUGCCAUCCUGCUCAGCCUCCGCAGCCCACCGUCAGCCCCUGAGCCAGUGACAUCCCAAGACGCUGCACUGCUAGCAGGCGUGUCCGAGGACAUCCUCUGUUUCUCCCGCUCCUUCGAGGACCUCACCUGCUUCUGGGACGAGGAGGAGACAACAACUGGGAUGUGCCACUUCUACUACUGGUACUACAGGGAUGCACCCACAGCGUGCGUGCUCUCCACAUGGCACCAUGGGGCUGGCGGGAAGCGACAUGUCUGCGUCUUCCCCAGCCAGGACGUGCGGCUCUUCACCCAGCUCCACCUCCGCGUCCUGGAUGCCACCACAAACCACACCAAGUAUUGGCGGGAGCUCAGUGUGGAGGCAGUGGGUCUCAUUGCUCCCCCAGUGAACAUCACGGCCCGCUGGGCUGGGACUGUGGGGCAGCUCUGCGUGUCGUGGCAGCCACCACUCGCUGACUUCCCGAACUUCUUCCUGUACGAGGUGCAGUGCUGCCCUGCCAACUCCACAGGGAUGCCCUGCAGCACCACACUGAACCCCAGUGAGCAGCACCCUGGGGACCCCUCCACUCAGUCAACCGUCAGCACCCACACACCUAGGGCAGCCUCCCCGGCACUGGGGCAGAGGCUGGUCCAGGCCAACACUUGGGUGGUGCUCCAGGACCUGCAGCCAGGGGUGAGGUACCACAUCCAGGUGCGCAGCAAGCCUGACGGUACCUCCAUGGACGGCGUCUGGGGGCCCUGGUCACAGGCAGUGGCAGCUGAGACACCCCACUCCUCUGGUGAGCAGCCACCCCCUCCGCAGGGGUGCUGGCAGGAACAGCAGGGAGGCACCCACGCCGGGGACUGCAGGGGGUGGGGUCCUGUUGUAGGCAAGGUGCAACUCCCAAGUUUUGGGGGGCCAAGGGGAAGCAGCCCCCUUCCUGCCCUGGCUCUCCCCUGCCCAGGAGACAUCGGGCUGUGCUGCAGCACCCCAGACCUGCUGCACGUGCACUGCGAGUGGAGCUGGGACCCUGCAGAGCCCCACAGCUCCCACCAGCUCUUCUACCGGCCACCUCCAAGCGGGGCUGGCACAAGGGAAGAUGCAUGGCAACAGUGCGAGGAGGUGAGCAGGGGGGCACAGGGCACCCAUGCCUGCACCUUCCAGCCCAAGGCUGGCAGUGCCAUCUCCAUCUUGGUGAAUGUCACCCGGACCCACUUGCUGCCCCCACUCAGCUACUUCAAGGAGCCCUUUUGGCUGCACCAGGCUGUGCUCACAGAUGCCCCACAGCUUGUGCAGGCAACAGUGUCGCAAGGCCGGCUGAGCCUGCAGUGGCUGCCGCCUCUGGAGCUGCUGGCAGAGCAGCUGGACUACCAGGUCCGCUAUGCCAUGGAGAACAGCCAUGACUGGAAGGUCCUGCAGGUUCCACGAGCAGCUAGGAAAGAAGUCCUGGACCUGCGGCCGGGGUCCCGCUACCACGCCCAGGUGCGGGCCCAGCCCAGCGGGCCGUGGUACCAGGGCAGCUGGAGCGCCUGGUCCAAACCUGUUGUGGUUGAUGCCGUGGCUGAUGCGGGCUGGCUCAUCCCCAGCGUUACGGUGGUGCCGCUGCUCUUCUCCGCAGUGCUCCUGGGGCUGCGGUGCACCUUCCCCUCCCUCUACAGCAACGUGAAGCAGAAACUCUGGCCGCCCGUUCCUGACCUGCACCGUGCUCUGGGCAGCUUCCUCCAGGAAAGCAGCAAGCACGGCCAGGCCAGCGCCUUCGACAAGCAGCCGCCGGAGGAGGCCGUCCUGCCCUGCCUGCUGGAGGUGCUGCCCGGGCCGCGGCGCGAGGCGGGCCCGCCGACGGAGCACGCUGGGGGCCGCCUGUCCAGCACCGACAUCGCCAACCAGUCCUACCUGCUCAUGAGCGGCUGGGAGCCGCGGGCAGCCCCGAACGCGCCCACCCCGCCAUAA